AUGCACUGCUAUGCACACCAACUCAACCUGAUCAUGCAACAGGCCACUUCUCACAUUUUCAAGAAAGAUGAUCUCAUUCAAUGUUUUGAGAACAUACGAGAUUCGGGUGACUUUGACUCCAACACCAUCAGAGAGGCAGGAGCCAUGGCCAUGCUGCUGGAACAUCAGGACUUUAAGUUCUUCCUUGAAAUUUUUCACCACAUCAUGCCACUUGUGGACCUCCUCUAUGCCAAGCUCCAGAAGAAGAACAUAGAUGCAGUCCACAUCAAAGGGAGCAUCCAGCAGUUCGAACAGGACAUACAAAACAUCAGUUCCGAGGAUCGUCAGAGUGCUGCAGAAGAGAUCUGCAACACCAUUCUGAGACACACCAGGGAGCGCUUCAACUUCACCGACCAUCUUGUCUGUGCCACCUUGUUGCAGGGGGACAGGUUUGAGGAACAUCACGGGUCAUUUCCCGAAGAGGUGCUGCAAAGCACUUUGAAGGCCUACCCAAUGCUGAAUGGAAGCAAGCUCAAGACAGAGCUCAGUCUCAUCUACAGCAAAGCAGAGUUCAGAGCCUGUUGUGGUGCAGUGGACCUGUUCCAGCUGUUCAUGGAGAACAAUCUUCAAGAUGUUUUUUUCAGAAACGGUCACUCUUUUAAAGAUCCUUAUUACCACACCUAUGACCACAGCUGA